AUGGCCAAGGAACCCCCCCAAAAACACACCGGUCCCAAGCAGUCCACCCUCGCCUCCUUCUUCGGCGCCCCCAAGCGUGGCCCCAGGCCGUCCCAGUCCAAGUCGUCCCAGCCACAGUCCUCUCCAGCCUCCAGCAAGCCCCCAGCGUCCUCCGCGGCAGGCGGCAGUUCACCUGCUCUGCCCAGGACUUUGAACAAGAGCAGCGUGGCGAGCAGCAACAGAGCUAGCAGCCCUGUCAAGCAGCCCGAGCCGCCCUCCGAGAUCACCGUCGUAGAGGAGAGUGAUGAUGAGCUGUCGCCUCCUCCAAAGAGUGACGCUUCAGUAUCCACCAAAGUGGCCUCGUCCAAGCCGACGCGAAAGCCGGUGAGCAAAAUCGAUGAAGAUGAAGAGAUGGAUGAGGAUGAUGCCCCUGUGGUCACAGGUCGCCGUGGCAAGCGAAAGGUAGUCUAUAUGGAAGACACUGAUUCUUCCGGAGAAGAUGUUCCAGCAAAAUCCAGCAAAGGCCGUAAGCCCCGUAAGAGCAUGAAGGAGGACUCUGAGGAUGAGUUUGUCAUUGAUGACGCGGAAGAGGCUGCCAUGGCCGCUGCCCUGGACGACUACGAGUCAAAGAACCUCUCACCCUCUAAAUCCGCAUCCGGUUCUCCUUCUCCUCCCCCUUCGCCUCCCCAAAAGAUCAAGGCUAAACCCAAACCCAAGGCCGCCCCCAAGAAAGCCGCUGCUUCGCGCCCUGCUCCCAAACCCACCCAGGGUGGUCAAUCGGAAUCCCACUCCUUCCUCACUACUGCUGAGCGCAAAAAGCUCCAGGCCAAGGAAGACAAGCGCGAUGGCGAGCAAUGCUUUGAUUUCCUGACACAAAUCAAGGACAAGGAAGGGAAUCGUCCAGAAGACCCCGAUUACGACGACAGAUCAAUCCACAUUCCCAAGAGUAGCUGGCAGGACUUUACGCCCUUUGAAAAGCAAUUCUGGGAAAUCAAGCAGAACCACUAUGAUACUGUAUUGUUCUUCCAGAAGGGCAAAUUCUACGAGCUGUAUGAGGAUGACGCUAUGAUUGGCCACCAAGAGUUUGACCUCAAGCUCACGGACCGAGUCAAGAUGAAGAUGGUCGGCGUGCCGGAGCAGUCGCUCGAGUUUUGGAUCGCCAAGUUUCUGGCAGGCGGUCACAAGGUCGGCAUCGUCGAACAAGCCGAGACGGCAAUCGGUAUGGAGAUGCGAAUGAAGUCGGGGACCAAGGGCGGUGGCAAGGAGAUUGUGAGGCGAGAGCUAAAGAGGGUCUUUACCAAUGGAACCAUUGUGGAUGGUGAGUAUCUCAGCUCUGACGACCCGAACCAUCUGGUAUCCAUCAAGGAAUCAGUGGGAGCCGACGGGUUGUCGAGCUUUGGUAUCUGUGUCGCCGACGCUUCUACCGGAGAAUUCACCCUGACUGCGUUUGACGAUGACAUUUCUGGUACUCGACUGGACACCAUGUUCCGUCAGGUGCGACCCAAGGAACUAGUUCAUGCCAAGGGCAAUUUGUCCGUCAACACCACGCGACUUUUGCGCAACAUUCUCCCAUCAUCCACUUCCUGGCAAUCCUUCAAAGACGUCAAAGAGUUUUACACCGCCGAAGAGACUUUGCGUCUGCUCCCAUCGAUUUUUGGCGAAGAUGGUGCCAUUCCUGAAGCUGUCACCAAGAUGAAAGACAACGAGCUUGCCAUGGAGUCGCUCGGCGGUAUUCUCUUCUAUCUCAAAUCACUCAACCUCGACAGAGAUCUGUUUUCGCAGAAAAACUUCAACAUCUACGACCCCAUCCGUGAAGGCAAAUACCUUAUUCUUGAUGGUAAAACACUUGGCCACAUGGAGGUACUUGUCAACAAUGAGGGCGGUGUUGAGGGAACUCUUCUUGAACUCCUUCAGCGUUGCGGUACCCCGUCCGGGAAGCGUCUUUUCCACAUCUGGUUGAGAUCACCACUCCGAGAGGUCACGGCCAUCAAUGCGAGGCUGGACGCCGUCGAGGAUUUGAUGAAUCACCCGAGGUUUGCCGGAGACUUUACACUACUCUGUAAAGGCCUGCCUGAUCUUGAGCGUUUGGUUUCUCGUAUCCACGCGGGAUCAGUCAAGCAAAAUGAUUUCCUCAAAGUGGUUGAAACUUUUGGCAAACUUCAAAAGGGCCUUGAGGGGCUCUUGGACAUGUCUGAUUCUUUCGACUCUACUACCAUCAAGGGUCUCUUGCGCCAACUGCCCGACCUCAGUGCCAUGGUCAAGCACAUUCGCGGCAUGUACCACAUCCAAAGUGAUGAGAAGACAAUCGCCAUCGCGCCAAACCCUGGAGCUGAUGAGGACUGCGACAAUGCAGAUGCCGAAGUUGAGAGGAUCGAGGGAGAACUAGACGAGCUGUUAUCAGAGGCCAAGAAGACCCUGAAGUGCAAAGAUCUACAGUAUUGGCACAGCGCGCAGGGUGGGAAAGAGAUAUUCCAAAUUCAGGCCCCUGCUAGUGUCAAGGUCCCGGCCAAGUGGACCAAGCAGAGUGGUACCAAGAACUUUUCGCGGUAUUACACGCCCGAUUCCAUGCCUGUCAUUCGACAAUUGCAAGAAGCUCGUGAGACUCAGACGGCGGCUAGACGAGACUUUUUCAAAAACCUCCUGGCAGAAUUCAGCAAGGACCGAGAAGUGUGGUUGAAAGCUGUUAGGAUCGUUGCCGAGCUCGACUGCCUCAUCUCCCUGGCCAAAGCCUCUUCGGACAUGGACGAGCCCAAGUGCCGACCAGAACUCAUAGAGUCCGACACUGCCUUCAUCGACUUUAAAGACCUUCGGCAUCCCUCCAUGUGCUUGCGCGCUGAUUUCAUCCCAAACAACGUUCAGCUAGGUGGCGAGGUUGCCAGAAUCGAUUGCAUUACCGGUCCCAACAUGGCGGGUAAAUCGACGCUCCUGAGAAUGACGGCUGCUGGCGUGAUCAUGUCCCAACUGGGCUGUUUGGUCCCAGCCGAGAGUGCGAGAUUGAGCCCCGUGGACAAGAUACAGACAAGGAUGGGUGCUUAUGACAACAUGUUUGCCAGUGCCAGUACUUUCAAGGUUGAGCUCGACGAGUGCUCUAGGAUAUUGAGAGAAGCCACCCCCAAGUCAUUAGUUAUCCUUGACGAACUUGGACGAGGUACAUCGACAUUUGACGGCAUGGCCAUCGCCGGAGCUGUGCUUCAUGAAAUUGCAACCCACACCCUUCCCCUCGGUUUUUUCGCGACCCAUUACGGCUCCCUCACAGACGAUUUUGCCUAUCACCCCAACAUCCGCAAUAUGCACAUGCAGACUCACGUCGACGACGAGCAAAAGCUAGUCGUUUUCUUAUACAAGCUUAUUCCCGGUGUGGCCGAAAGCUCUCACGGUACUCACGUCGCAAGGAUGGCAGGAGUGCCAGCCGAGGUCGUUCAGCGCGCCGAUUCCGUCUCGUCCCAAUUCUUUGACGACUUCAACCAGAAGCUCUCCACUCGCCGCCAGUCAAAGUUGCCCAUCGUGGCUCAAGCCGACUUUGCUUGGCUGAUGAGGGUCGCCAGUGGUGAUGAGCACAUGCUCAAGAAUGGUACUUCUCUCGGCGGACAGCUGGAUGUUAUCCGGAGGGCUGUUGGCAGUUACGAGUUGAGUUAG